UUUGGGGUGAGUGAAGGACGCCGGUUGGGUACCCGCUUACUAGUGUGGGUUUGGGUCUCCUCCCGUGGCUCUGCUGCCACAGGUGCCGUUCUUUGGGUCCCCAGGUGGAGUUGUGGUUACCGUUUGGGGGAAACCCCUGUCACCAGCGCUCUGCAGCCAGGACUCUUUGGGAGGGAAACCCCUGCGAGGGGCGUGGAGGAGGGGAGUGCGCUGUGUGGCCGGACGGAGUUGGGCCUGGAGUCCCCGCGAGGAGCCGACUGUCGGUACCCCUUGUCCAGGGUCAUUUCUGGGAGUCUGGGUCAGUGCCUCUCGGCGUUUGGAGACUGGGGAUUCUUGGCUCACAGUCACAGACAAGCCUUGAAAAUGAGAGCCGUUAAAUUUUGCUCCGCCUGGAGACAAGGUCGGUACCAAGGUCUUUAAAUUACUAUUGAAGUACUGGAAAAUAGCCCGAAUUUUGGAGUGAGACUGCCUCGUUCGAAUCCUGCCUUUGCCACUUAUUGGCUGUGUGACUUGGCCAGUCCCUUAACCUCUCUGUGGCCUGAUUUUAGUGCUUUGUAAAAUGGGGAUAAUGAUAUUCCCUAAUUCAUUGGGUGGUUGUGAGAAUUAAAUGAGUAAAUAUGUGUAAAGUCCUUAAAAUAGUACCAGGCACAGAGUAAGCACCAUUUAAAGAUUUGCUAUCAUUAUUAUUAUUACGACUAUUAUUUAUAUAACUAUGUGAAAUAUUAUCUUUAUCAUGGUGCCUGGCUUUUGAUGCUGUUUCUUUAAAUUUUAGUGUCAUUUGUCAAUUCUCUUUGUAAGGCUAUUUCCUAUAUUUUAGUAGGAAAAAAUAUGAUACUCUUAAGAAGAGCCUUUCCCAAAGCAAAAACCCAAACUGAUUUGUGUUUUGUGUUGUGAUGCUCAAAUUCACAGUGGCUUCCAGGCUUGGGGGUGCCUUUUCCUUGGCUUUCCUGAUUCAAGAGGAGCAAGAGAGGUUUUUAACAGUCAAGAACUAGGACCCCUGGUGUGAGCAAACAUCCUGGGUCCUUCACAGUCUAGAGAUCUGCCAGCUCUUUAGGGAAAGAUUGGUAGCACUUAGUAGAGCACUUAGAAAGAUAGUAAGCACUCAGUAAUAACGAGGGCCUGAGCUAUGGCAAUAGCAGUGAGAAUGGAGGAAAGGGAACAGAUCUGAGAGACAUUCCAGGGGUAGAAUAGAUUGGACCAGGUGAUCCAAUGUGACAACUGAAUGAGAAGGGUCAAAGAUGAUUCCAGGGAAACCCGGCGGGUGGCGCUGCUGUUUCUAGAGAAUGCCAUACUGGGGAAGGAGUAGAUUAGGAGGGAAGAAAACCAGCUUGGCUUUGAACACAUUCGAAGUAGGCUAAGCCCUACUUCCAGCUGAGUGUCAAUUUCAUGGCAAGCCUCACAACAAAGAUCAAUGGGAGCCUCACCAGCAGGUAACCAGGGUUGAAAGAAUUAGUUAACCAGGGUUGAGAGAUUCAGUUCUAUUUCUUGUAAUCCAGAGCUUGCCCUCCUUUCUUUCUCUUUCCCCUAACUUUGGUGUCUUGACAGCAGAUAACUGGUUGCUCUCAAUUCUGACUCUUGGCAACCCCACGUUUCAGAGUAGAACUGCACUCCAUAGGGUUUUCAAUGGCUGUACUCUUACGUAAGUAGAUCGCUUUUCUUCUGGGGGGCUGCUGGGUGGAUUUGAACCACCAACCUUUCAGUUAGUAGCUGAGAGCAAACUGUUUGUGCCACCCAGAGACCUUCUUAACAGCAGAUAAGGACCUGAUAUCAGUUUCCUAUUGCUGCAUAACAACUUGCCACAAAUCUGUCAGCUUAAAACAAUACCCAUUUAUUAUUUCCCAGUUUUAUAGGCCUGAAGUCCAGGCUGGCUCAGCCAACUUCUCUGCUUGGGGUCUUCCAAAGCUGAAAUCAAGGUGUUGGUAGGGCUGAGCUCUUACCUAGAGGCACUGGGAGGAAUCUGCUUAAAAGCUCGUUGGGGAUGUUGGUAGAAUUCAGUUAUUUGCAGUCUGAGCAUGCUAAUUCAUCAUAUUCAGAGUCUUGGGGAUUAAGGCAACAAAUCUUUGGGAGACAGCUUAGAAUUCAGCCACCCACAGACCAUGCUUGUUAAUAGGAUAGCUCUGAGCCAAUCACUGAGAAGGGCUUCCUAGCGAACACAGGAAGUGGCCUCGGUCUCCACCAAAGGCCUCCUAGCCCAAUCUCAACCUGUCUCCUGAUUAGUUCGGGAAUGGGGGGCGAAGGGAAGCGUCCAGCUCCACCCCCAUGACAUUCUUUGAGAUGUUUACUGUGGGAUUCAGGGUUGGGGUAGUGUGCAGGAUGAAGCUGCAGAGGCACUUGACCGAGGGGAGAAAAAUCUCUGCAGUUGCUCCUUCAGGGGUGUCCUGGGCCACUGAGCAUGCAGGGAGGGGACCUCUUACAGUUUCACUAGUUAAUAGCGAUUUCCCACUCUUCAGGAAUCUUCUGCAGAAAUACAGCUCCCAGCUAAAGUGAGGCCCAAGUACUGCCUUGGCCCAGGAUGGCAAGAGAAUCGAGGCAACGUGCAGCCUUGGACGCCCAGUCUACAGAGGACCAGACGGGGCUCCUGACCGUGAAGGUGGAAAAAGAGGAGGCCUCUGCCUUUGCGGAGGAGGCCCGUUUGUCCUGCAGCCCGGCAGCAGGCUCAGAGCGCUCCCGCCAGCGCUUCCGGAGCUUCCGCUACCCAGAGGCUGCAGGGCCCCGCGAGGCGCUGAGCCGGCUCCAGGAGCUCUGCAGGCAAUGGCUGCGGCCCGAGAUGCACAGCAAGGAGCAGAUCCUGGAGCUGCUGGUGCUGGAGCAGUUCCUGACCAUCCUGCCCGGGGCGCUGCAGAGCUGGGUGCAGGAACAGCAUCCAGAGAGCAGGGAGGAGGCGGUGGUUCUCUUGGAGUGUUUGGAGAGGCAGCUGGAUGAGCCGAGGCCUCAGGUCCCAGAUGGUGACCGAGGGCAAGAACUGCUCUGUUGCAAGAUGACACUGUUGACAGGAGCCCGGGGGUCACAAAGUAGCCAAUUCCAGCCGAUGAAGGCUCUGCUCAAGCAUGAAUCUUUGGGGUCCCAGCCCUUACAAGACAGAGUUCUCCAGGUUCCUGGUCUUGCCCAGGGAAGAAGCUGCAGAGAAGACACAGUGGUAGCUGCCAGGCUCAUCCCAGAGUCCCAGGGUUUGCUGAAGGUGGAAGAUGUGGCCCUGACUGUCUCCCCUGGGCGGGCACAGCUGGACUCAUCUCAGGUGAACCUCUAUAGAGACGAGAGGCAGGAGAACUGUAGCAGCCUCAUCUCCCUGGGUGGUGAAAUACGAACUAAGAUCAGGGACUUGCCUCCUGAAGAUGAACAUCUAGUACAAGAGCCUGGAGAGAUCCCAUGCCACCUGGGUGAAGACAUUGCACAGAUUCCUCCAUGUGUAGAAGCUGGUGAACAGGAGGGCAAGUUACACAGAAAGCAGAAAAAUGCCACAGGAAGUAGGCGGCACUACUGCCAUGAAUGUGGAAAGAGUUUUGCUCAGAGUUCAGGCCUGAGUAAGCACAGGAGAAUCCACACUGGGGAGAAACCCUAUGAAUGUGAGGAGUGUGGCAAGGCCUUCAUUGGGAGCUCUGCCCUCAUCAUUCAUCAGCGAGUCCACACUGGUGAGAAGCCAUAUGAGUGUGAAGAAUGUGGGAAGGCUUUCAGUCAUAGCUCAGACCUUAUCAAACACCAGAGAACCCACACUGGGGAGAAGCCCUAUGAGUGUGACGACUGUGGGAAGACCUUCAGCCAAAGCUGUAGCCUCCUUGAACAUCACAGAAUCCACACUGGGGAGAAGCCGUAUCAGUGUAACAUGUGUGGCAAAGCCUUUAGGCGGAGUUCACAUCUCCUGAGACAUCAGAGGAUCCAUGGUGGGGAUAAAAACAUUCAGGAUUCUGAACAUGGAGAGACCUGGGAAAACCAGUGGGAAAAUGUUGAGGCUUCCGUGUCUUAUAAAUGUAAUGAGUGUGACAGAAGUUUCACUCGGAAUAGAAGCCUUAUUGAACAUCAAAAAAUUCACACUGGUGAGAAACCCUAUCAGUGUGAUGUAUGUGGAAAAGGCUUCACCCGAACUUCGUACCUUGUUCAACAUCAGAGAAGCCACGUUGGGAAAAGAAUUCUAUCACAGUGACCCAUGUAGUACGUGCCAAAGGUGGUACUCAUUCCUCAUGGGACUGAAUCCACCCUGGAGCACCUCCCGAUUCCAGAAAUUGUAGGCUGGGGCUUUAUUUACCACUGAACAUCAUCAAGUGUUAGACAAUGUAGAGUCUGAUUGAGAUGAAUUAUCUUCUGUGUUCUAGAAAAACCCAUUGCCUUCAAGUCGAUUGCGACUCAUAGCUACCCUAUAGGACCGAGUAGAAGUACCCCAUAGGGUUUCCAGCGAGCCGCUUGUGGAUUCAAACUGCUGACGUUUUGGUUAGCAGUCGAGCGCUUAACCACUGAGCAACCAGGGUUCCAUGUUCUAGAAGGUGAUGGGAAAAAAAAAAACUUGUUUGAUAGGAGGUUAUGAGAAUGGUAUCUGGAAGAGGUAGGACCUAAAAUGUUUUGUUCUAAUCCGUCAAACUUAAAUGGGCUUCUAGACUGGCUACUCACUCUUAGCUAGUACUUUAUUACAUCUCCUGGGUGGAUGGUUGUGAUUAUGCUGCUCCAACUAUUUUAUCACGCUUCUACCUAUAGGCAUGGUGCAGUGGUUAUGCGCUCUGCUGCUAACCAAAAGGUUGACAGUUCGCAACUACCAGCCACUCUGUGGCAGAAAGAUGUGGCAGUCUGCUUCCAUAAAAGAUUACAGCCUUGGAAACACCAUGGGGCAGUUCUACUCUGUCCUGUAGGGUCAUUGUGAGUCAGAAUCAACUCGAUGGCAAAGGGCUUGGUUUUUUUGGGUUUUAUACCUUAAUGAAGCCUCCAAAAGUUAGAUUCGUGAGGCCUUAGACCUCUCACUGUGCCUUGCACAUAGGUGCUAAUAAACCUUUAUUAAAUGUACCAGAGAGAUUACCUUCAUAGAUUUGAAAAUCUGAUGCCAUCUAGAUUUCGGAGGAAUUUCUCACUAAAGACAUUUUUGCUUGUGUCUAAUUCUUUGACAUUCUAGAUUCUGGGUCAGUCUACCUCCUGAUAUAAAUUCUGAGAUGCUGAGCAGCUUCGUUCUCACUUUUUAGGUCUCUUUGGCCUAACCGGGUACCCCUAAAUCUACAGACACUAUCCUUUCCUCUCCUCCCACUGUGUACAGACUGUGCAUCAAGGCUAUGCCCACCAAAUGCAAACUUCCUCUGGAUCAGUGAAUUCACACUAAAUAUUUAUAACCAGUAAGUAGCAUGUAAGGUUUCAAAACUGCCUUAUUAGUGUGCAACACUUUCGGUCUUCUUAUAUAAUGAUUCCUAAAACCUGUGUGGUACUAGCUCAAUUACUCAUGUGAGAACAUUAACAAGUUCUCUAGUUAAUGCCUCAGGCUAACUACCUUUUUCUAAACACACUUUGUAGACCAUCUUUUUUUUUUUUUUCCUCAUGAUUGUCAAAAUUUCAGUCUUGUGAAUUCAAGGGAGGAAACGUUAUUGUUUAGUCAGCUUUAUGUAAAUAUUAUAUAUUUCAGAUGGAGUUGCUGCUACAGAAGUCUUUCAGGAUAACUGCUUUCCUGCAAACUUUUUUUGUUAGUGCAUCACUUCUCCUUACUAUAGAAAUGUGCUUUUGUUUUUGCAUCUAGAAACCAAGUGAGAAACCAGCAAUCCCUCCCGAUUUAUAGCAUCAGUCUAGGACUCUGGAAUUCAGAUCUAGCAAGGUUUCUUGGUCAUCUUUCACAAUUAACGGUUUAGCCAUUGUGAUAUAUUCCCGCAUGCUCUAUGUAUCUUUUUUUUUUUUUUUUUUUUUAGGAAUUGAGUCAUCACCCAAAAUUAUUUGCAGAUUUAUCCAUGCCCCUGUUUUUAUGCCAAUUGUCAUGGCUUGGUACUUCAAGGCUUUCAGGAUCUAGGGCAAUGAAAACUCUAUAGAUCACAAUGGAAUAUUGUCCCAUUUGCAACCAAUUAUGGGUAUGGCGCAGGACGGGCAGCAUUUUUUUUCCAUUGUGCAACCAUGAUUUAGGGUUGACCUGAUGGCAGCUAACAACAGGGGAAAGAAAUCUAACAAAUCCUAAUGUAAAGGAUUUUUUACAUGCACCACAGAUGGCAUCCCCUACUUGAUGAACGCUUUUUAUUCCAGGUGCUUUCUUGUAUAUUUAAUCCAUUCUCAUGGGCAUGAAAUGUGCAACAUAAAUAUUGAAUUUGUGUCUGUAUUGUUUAAUCUGCUUUUGUAAAGUCUUCACCAUAUGAUGUGCCCUUCAGAAUCCAGUAUUCAGAAGCCCAGUGGCCUGCCUGACCAUCCAGUAGGGUCAUUAAUGAAGGCCCAAGAGUCUUUGUGCUGCAGUCAGUGUUAGGCUCUACAGCAAAUUGAUGUUCAGCUUAACUGCACAGUUUCCAGUACUGUAGGUAGUUUACUAACGUAACAGUGGAUGGCUUCCUAAUGUGGGUUUACCACAUUAGAGAUGGACUGUUCCAUCAGUGAACCAUGCUUCGUUAUCAGGGCUAUAUCUUUUGUCAAGGCCCUCCAUGGGCCAGUGGUUUGGGUGAACCAGCAGAUGAUUACAUCUCUCUGCCUACCAUCUUUGUGCUGUUUGUAAAGGCCUCUGCAUCCAGACUUGGUCUUCAAAUAAAUGUGCCAUUUCUAUUUCA